GGCCAAUAAAGUCCGAGAUACUGUAGACCUGCAGGUAGAUUGCAAUUUAUCCGUUUAUGCGCCUUGGUCACCAGAUUUGGUAUGAACCAUAUGAUUUGCAGGUCGAGCUGGUAAACUGGUAAAUUGGUGAAUUGCUCAAUUGGUAACCUCGAUUUCAUCUGCUUCGCUAGUUGAAGAUAUUGCCCGUUCCUUAUCUCGUUUGUAUUUAUACGAACUGUCUUUGUCGGAUCGAGGCUGGCGUUCGAACCAGAUAGGCCGUUAUCAUUUUUCGUAUUUUCGUCACUUCGAGAUCAGGGAUCCGAUAGCCAUGUCUUCAACAACGGUACAGGAGGAUGCACCUCAUACGAUCACCCUCACCAAUGGCAAGACCUUCACGUUCAACUCGAAUGCUUCAACCACGGAUGAACAAAUUCCUGUCAUCGAUGUAUCUCGAAUGUAUAGCGAGAAAUUCGAGGAUCGACAAGCGGUAGCCGAAGAGAUUCGUGAAGCAGCCCAUGUAAUCGGCUUUCUCUCGAUAGUCAACCAUGGGGUGGACAUGAAACUGGCCGAAGGCGUGAUGGAACAAGCGAAAUCCUUCUUUGCACUUCCCAAUGACAAGAAAAUGAAAGUCUGCACAGACCUGGUGCCGGAUGAAUAUUGCGGAUAUCAUCCGAUGCACGCAUAUAACCCAUCUGGCUUGCGUGAGAGGGAUUUGUACGAAGCCUACAACUGGAAUUACAAUGCGGCAAAUGACCCUGAAUAUCCCGAUGAUUCUAUUCCGGAGAUCAACAUUUGGCCAGACGACCGACCGGAAUUCAGGAAGACGCUUUGUGCAUAUCAGAGUGAGAUGAUCCGCUUCGCUCGACGGCUGACGAGAAUGUUUGCGCUUGCUCUCCAUCUGCCGGAGGACUCAUUCGACAUCGCGGUCCAAAGGCCCGAGGCAGGAGCCAGAAUUUUGCAUUACCCUCAACAAGAGGCCUCCCGUGAUGAUCAAAACGGCAUAGGAGCGCAUACCGACGUGGAGUACUUCACGAUCAUCACAGCCGAUACUGAAGGACUAGAAGUGCUGAGCAAGUCUGGCCAGUGGAUCAAGGUCAAACCCAUGGCCGGUUCGUUCAUCGUCAACAUUGCAGAUUGUUUCAUGCGUCAAACGAAUGACUUCUUCGUGAGCACGGUGCAUCGUGUCAUCAAUGAGAGUGGGCGAGAGAGGUAUUCAGUUCCCUUUUUCUGGGGAUUCAACAGGCAAACUGUCAUCGAUCCUAUACCCACAUGUGUUAGCAAAGAGAACCCCAACAAGUAUCCCGUGAUGACCGCAGGAGAAUACUAUCUGUGGAGAACAAGGAGGCAAAAAACGAUGUGGAAGACUGGGGAAAACCAGUCAAAAGUGAAUGUGGUGUAAGUAAAAGCAUGUAUCCUUAGG